UCUUCUACUUUCCUAUUGUUUACAAUGAAUAAAGAACCUCAACAUUUCGUAAUAAGAAUAUUAAGUCUAACUAAAAGAAGAUGUUUAGAAUCAAAAUAUACAAAGAUUUUUACACUUCUUGUUAUAUUAUCAACAUUACUAUGCAUCAUACUAGAAGCUGUCAUUGUAUUUUCACAUAUCCAAGUUUAUCAACAAUUACUUGUUAAUAAAGCAAUACAAGAUAUACCGAGUAAUGCAGUUGAUCCAGAUAAAAAGAUAGCUUCAAAUGAUCCCUCUGCCAAAUUAUUAUUGAUUUCUUUAGGCUUAAGAAGACUCAAAAAUGAAAAUAUCUUUUUUAUUUUAUUUUCUUUAUUUCAACUUGUAUUAGGAUUUGAUGCAAUUCUUAGACAAAAUGUAAUUCAAUUGAUAGCACAUACAGUAGAUCAAGUUUUAUUAGUCGUAUUUGCAGCAAUUCAAGUAGGAGGAACGAUUCGCAAACAAUUGAAUGUAAAAGAAGAUAUUCCACCACCUGAAAAUCCUCAAAUAACUUGGAAUUUUAACUUUACUUUAAGUCAUGAAAUUGGGCUCGUUUCAGUCAUGUUUAUAUUCUCUUUUCUAUUCAUUUAUAUAUGUUACAAGUUAUAUAAACAAUUUGACUGGAAUAUUUAUAAAAGAAUUGGUGCAGAUAUUAAACUACAAGCUCGAUUUAGACGAGCAGAGCUUUAUUUUUUAAAUUUAAAAUUGGAUGCCUUUUUCCAUUUUGUCCUUUGUGUAUUUUAUACAGUAGUCAUGACUCAAGAAAAAUAUUAUACACUCUGGGGAGUCGCGGAUCGUAAAUUUAUCGGUUAUAUCAUUCAUAUCAUUUUAACUAUCAUCUUGAUCCCUGGAUUAUUACUAGCUCGUCAUGGAAUUCUCACUGAAAAUAAGAAAAUUAUUCAUGUAUUUCUUGUAACACAAUUUAUUAUGGGCUUGGAUUUUAUUUUAAUCUUAAUUGACAGUGCUGGCUCUUGGGUCUUUUGGAUAUUAGCAGUUUGUUUAGCUAUUAGUUUAUGUAUUUCUACACUAGUUUUAUCCAUUCAAGUAUCAAAGAAUUUUGGAAAAGGCUUAAAACCAUACAGUAAGAGAUCAAGAUAUGAUAUAACUCAAACUAAAACUCAUAUUAAAUAUAGUGUAUCGAUUAUUUAUUGAAGAAAAUGAUAAUAACUCGACUUCUUCUAAUAACAAGGAAUCAUUAUUAAAAGAGGAUGACUGGUUAAUCGAUGAAGAAUAAUUAUAUUACUACUAAUAAAUUUGAUCUAUUAAGCUUAAAGACCAUUAUUCCAUUUUUGAAUUAUUGUUGUGAUUAUA